UGGAUUUAUAUUUUAAAGAGUUGCUCAUCUCUAGUUUGUACGUAUAAAUAAAAAACAAUAUAAAAUAUUUUAAAAUUACUCUUUUCUAACUGCAAAGACUUUCUAAAAUUUUAAGUCUGCCUUGUUUUUGUGAAAAUAUGAGUUUUGGUCGGUGAAAAUAAACUGUAUAGGAAAGGAAAUCGCUAAGAAAUCCAUGGAAUUCUAGAUUGUAAAGCUCGAAGUGAUUAUAUAAAAAUGUUUUUAUCAAUCGCUCCACCGUUGAUGGACUUUGAGGAUGAGCUGUUGUGGAUCAACCAGUCGAGCAACAAAGAUCUAUCUGUUUUAUAUGAUAAAUCCAAUUAUGUGACACCCAACACAAAGCUUUUAAUUGAGCAAGCGUUUAUUCAGCCCCUAAGUCUUCAAGAUCAACAAAUUCUCUUUGACGAUUUACUUAAGCAAAAUAGAAAUAUUGCACAUCAAUAUGGAUUGACACCAGCUAAACUACCUCAAUUAGUCGAGAACAAUCCGCUUAUUUCAAUUGAAAUCUUAUUAAGGCUUAUGCUGAAUACCGACAUAACAGAAUAUUUCAACAUAUUAGUCAAUAUGGAUAUAACUUUACAUUCAAUGGAGGUUGUUAAUAGAUUGACAACAUCCUGCCCCUUACCGACCGAAUUCAUUCAUUUAUAUAUUAGUAAUUGCAUUUCCACGUGUGAAACUGUUAAAGAUAAAUACAUGCAGUCACGUUUGGUACGAUUAGUAUGUGUGUUUCUUCAAUCGCUGAUUCGAAACAAGAUUAUAAAUGUUAAGGAACUGUUUAUAGAAAUUGAGGCGUUCUGCGUUGGAUUUAGUAAAAUAAAAGAAGCCGCCGCUUUGUAUCGUCUUAUAAAGCAUUUGGAAUCGGGAGAUACAAUACAAACUUCAAAUUCGUUAGCUAAAUAAAAAUUGUGAAUACUUGAAAUAACUCAAAUAUUAAAGGAAUUUGAUAACUGCA